AUGACGACCGAAACACUGAAGAAGACACCACUCUACGACUUGCACGCCGCGAACGGGGGACGAAUGGUCGACUUUACCGGCUGGUCGAUGCCGGUUCAGUACACUUCGAUCAUUAACGAGCAUAACGCAACGCGAAACGCAGUCGGUCUCUUCGACGUUUCGCACAUGGCCCGCUUCCGCUUCGACGGUGCCAAUGCUUUGGAAUUUCUCGAUGGCCUGGUCACUCGCAAAAAGAUCGCCGAGUGGAUUCAAGCUCGCCUUCCGGAAGACAUCACGUUCACCGAUCACACCGAGCAAACGGCCAUGAUUGCCGUGCAAGGUCCCAAAGCCAUGGAGAUCGCCCAGGCAAUCGUCGAAGGGGUUCUGUCUGAGCUGAAAUAUUAUCAAGGCCGCGAAGCUACCAUUCUUAGCCACCCCGGCGGUCUCGUCAGCCGAACCGGAUAUACCGGAGAAGAUGGCGUUGAAAUGACCGUGUCUGCCGAAAACGCGAUUGCCACUUGGGAAGCAUUGUUUGUCGCCGCCGCAGAAGUGGGCGGACAUGCCGUUGGCCUCGGGGCUCGCGACACGCUUCGCUUGGAAGCGGCAAUGCCUCUUUACGGUCACGAGCUUUCCGAAGAAAUCACACCACUGCAAGCCGGACUGGGCUUUGCGAUGUCGUGGGACCACGAGUUCAUCGGCAAAACCGCACUCGAAGCAAUCGACAAGGAUUCGUUGCCGGUGCGUGUCGGACUGGCCAUGGAAGACAAACGUGUUCCGCGCGAACAUUACCCGCUUUACUCAGGCGACCAACAAGUCGGCGAAGUGACCAGUGGUUCGCAAUCGCCAACACUCGGCUCGCCGAUCGCCAUGGGUUACGUGGCUCGAGCGUUUGCCGCCGAAGGCACCCAACUGGAUGUCGACGUGUUAGUUAGGAGUUCCCCGAUUAUGUCCACGGACAAUUUGCUUUUCGCCAAGACGCACGAAUGGGUCAAAGUGGAAGAAUCGGACGGCGCAAAGAUUGCCACGGUCGGCAUCAGCGCUCACGCGAUUGAAGCCUUGAAUGAUUUGGUUUACUUGGAACUGCCGGAAGUGGGCAAAGAAACGACCGCCGGCGAAUCGUUCGGUGAAAUCGAAUCGGUCAAAGCGGUUAGUGAUAUCUACGCACCUGUGACCGGCGAAGUGAUUGAAGCCAAUUCGGCAUUGCCGGAUAACCUCGACUCGCUGCACGAAGAU